AACACAAAGAAAAUCGCAGAUGAUAUAACCAGUAAUGAUCGUGGUGAAGAUGAAGACAUUCAUGAUCAGAACAGCAAGAAACCCGUUAUGGUCUACAUCCAUGGUGGAUCUUAUAUGGAGGGCACUGGCAAUAUGAUUGAUGGCAGCAUUCUCGCAAGUUAUGGAAAUGUCAUUGUUGUCACUCUCAAUUACAGGCUGGGGGUUUUAGGUUUUUUAAGUACUGGAGACCAAGCUGCAAAAGGCAAUUAUGGACUGCUUGACCAAAUCCAAGCUUUACGUUGGAUUGAAGAAAAUAUUGGAUCUUUUGGAGGAGACCCAAAAAGAGUUACUAUUUUUGGAUCUGGGGCAGGAGCUUCCUGUGUCAGUCUCUUGACACUCUCUCACUAUUCAGAAGGUUUGUUCCAAAAGGCAAUCAUACAGAGUGGAACAGCCCUGUCCAGCUGGGCAGUGAACUAUCAGCCUGCCAAGUACACUCGGAUAUUGGCAGAUAAAGUGGGCUGCGACAUGCUGGAUACCACUGAUUUGGUUGAAUGUCUUCGGAAUAAGAAUUACAAAGAACUCAUUCAACAGACCAUCACUCCAGCCACGUACCACAUUGCCUUUGGGCCUGUGAUAGAUGGAGACGUGAUUCCAGAUGACCCUCAGAUUCUCAUGGAACAAGGGGAAUUCCUUAACUAUGAUAUAAUGCUGGGUGUGAAUCAAGGAGAAGGUUUAAAAUUUGUGGACGGCAUUGUAGACAAUGAAGAUGGUGUUUCCCCUAAUGAUUUUGACUUUUCUGUCUCCAAUUUUGUGGACAAUCUGUAUGGUUAUCCAGAAGGGAAAGAUACACUGCGAGAGACCAUUAAAUUCAUGUACACCGACUGGGCAGAUAAAGAAAACCCUGAAACAAGACGAAAGACCCUGGUAGCUCUUUUCACAGACCACCAGUGGGUUGCUCCGGCUGUUGCUACCGCUGACCUGCAUGCCCAGUAUGGAUCUCCAACAUAUUUCUAUGCGUUUUAUCACCAUUGCCAAAGUGAAAUGAAACCCAGCUGGGCUGAUUCAGCUCAUGGUGAUGAAGUCCCUUACGUGUUUGGGAUUCCUAUGAUUGGCCCCACAGAGCUGUUCAACUGCAACUUUUCCAAGAAUGAUGUCAUGCUCAGUGCAGUAGUUAUGACGUACUGGACUAACUUCGCCAAAACUGGAGAUCCAAACCAGCCUGUUCCACAGGACACGAAGUUCAUCCACACAAAACCCAACCGCUUUGAAGAAGUGGCCUGGUCCAAAUACAAUCCUAAAGACCAGCUUUAUUUGCAUAUUGGCCUGAAACCUCGAGUUCGGGAUCACUACCGAGCAACAAAAGUUGCUUUCUGGUUGGAGCUUGUACCACACCUUCACAACCUUAAUGAGAUAUUUCAGUAUGUUUCCACAACAACUAAAGUCCCCCCUCCUGAUAUGACAUCAUUUCCUUACGUGACACGACGUUCUCCUGGUAAAUUGUGGCCAGCCACCAAACGCCCAGCAAUGACACCUGCCAACAAUCCCAAACAUUCAAAAGACACCCAUAAAACAGCUCCGGAGGAUACAACAGUUCUGAUAGAAAACAAGCGCGAUUAUUCCACGGAGCUGAGUGUCACCAUUGCUGUGGGGGCCUCCUUGCUGUUCCUCAAUAUUUUAGCUUUUGCUGCAUUGUAUUACAAGAAGGACAAGCGGCGUCACGAGACUCACAGGCGCCCUAGUCCCCAGAGGAACACAACCAACGAUAUCGCACACAUACAGAACGAAGAGAUUAUGUCCUUGCAGAUGAAACAGCUAGAACAUGACCAUGAGUGUGAGUCACUGCAGGCGCAUGACACCCUGAGACUAACUUGCCCACCUGACUACACGCUUACUUUGAGAAGGUCCCCAGACGACAUCCCGCUAAUGACACCCAACACUAUAACCAUGAUUCCAAACACAUUAACAGGAAUGCAGCCUUUGCAUACUUUCAACACCUUCAGUGGAGGACAAAACAGUACAAAUUUGCCCCAUGGACAUUCAACCACUAGGGUAUAGCUCAGCCCUUCCCCCUCUACAUUCACAAGCCACUUGGAAGAAAGAAAAAAAA